AUGGAGAAACUCAAUAUCAUCAAGGUGAAGAAGGCAGGGACCUCCUGCAGAAUAGACUUUCAGUUGCUCAUGAAAGAUCCAAGUCACAACAGUACUAGCCCUAGCAUCAUCAAUGAAGAUGUAAUUAUAAAUCGUCAUUCUCAUGAAGAUGACAAUCCAUUUGCAGAGUACAUGUGGAUGGAAAAUGAAGAGGAAUUCAAUAGACAAACAGAAGAGGAGUUAUGGGAAAAAGAAUUUAUUGAACGCUAUUUCCAAGAAAUGCUGGAAGAGGAGGAAGAACACGAGUGGUUUAUUCUAGAUCGAGAUCUCCCGCAAGCUAUAGACCAAAUCCAGGACCAAUUUAAUGACCUUGUUAUCAGUGAUGGCUCUACUUUGGAAGAUCUUGUGGUCAAGAGCAACCUGAAUCCAAAUUUAAAGGUGUUUGUUCCUGGGGUGAAGUACUAA